GAACAGGACCGUUUCCUCGUCGCCUCUGCAAAACAGAGACCCUUUCUGAUGAAUAACCAGCACGCGUUGCCCGGAGUGAGUCCCCGCGCACGGCUGCAUCAAUGUCCGUGCCGGGAACAUGUCAAAACCUCGCUUGCUUGCACUGCGUUACUAUAAAGUAGAACCAUCGCCAUGCCCCGAUCCACCCACGACACACAGAGACAGAGGUCAGGUCACCACUACUAGCUAGCUAGGCAGAGCCAGCAAUAAACCUCGCUGCGCAAUCGACAGAGGUUUGGAAGACAAUCUCUGCGCAAAUGGCGUUCCCGACGGCGAUGGCAGCAGUGGCCGUAGCCCUGUGCGCGGCGUUCGCGCUCGCGGCGCUCGGCGGCGCCGAGGCGCAGCAGCUCAGCCCGGCGUACUACGACGACUCGUGCCCGCACGUCUACGACACGGUGCGGCGCGUGAUCCAGGAGGCGCGCGCCUCCGAUCCGCGCAUCCUCGCCAGCCUCCUUCGUCUCCACUUCCACGACUGCUUCGUCAAUGGCUGUGACGCGUCGCUGCUGCUCGACGAGACCCCGACGAUGCGCAGCGAGAAGGAAGCCAACCCCAACAAGGGCUCUGCGCGAGGGUUCCCCGUGGUGGACGACAUCAAGGCCGCCCUAGAGAACGCCUGCCCAGGCGUCGUUUCCUGCGCCGACGUCCUCGCCCUGGCAGCCGAGGUCUCCGUUGAGCUGGCAGGAGGUCCGUACUGGAGGGUGAUGCUGGGCCGGACGGACGGCAUGGCGGCCAACUUCGACGGUGCCCAGAACCUUCCAAACCCGACGGAACCGCUGAACGAUCUGAAGCAGAAGUUCGCCGACCUCGGCCUCGACGACACCGAUUUUGUGGCCCUCCAAGGGGCACACACGAUCGGCCGCGCCCAGUGCAGGUUCUUCCAGGACAGGCUCUACAACUUCAGCGACACGGAACGGUCGGACCCGACGCUGGAUAGGUCCUACCUCGCCGCGCUCCGGGAGAGCUGUCCGGCGGCGGUGAGCGACAACACGUGCCUGAACAACCUGGACCCGGCCACGCCGGACACGUUCGACAACCGCUACUACGCCAACAUCCUCAGCAACCGCGGCCUGCUCAGGUCCGACCAGGCCAUGCUCUCCGCGCCGGAGGAGGGCGCGGUGUCCACCGCGCCGAUCGUCGGGCGGUUUGCCAACAGCCAGGUCGAGUUCUUCCAAAGCUUCGCCACGGCCAUGGUCAAGAUGGGGAACAUCGCGCCAAUGACCGGGGGGCUCCGGGAGGUCAGGAGAAACUGCAGGGUGGUGAACUGAAGCUGCUGGUUCUGUUCUCUUUGUAGUUUGUUCAUCGAUGCUCAUCCAACAUGUAAAUUCAUGAUUUUUUUCCUACAUAAUUGUUUUGAGUUGGUAAUAUGUAAUGAAGCAACGUUUUCUUGAGAGAGAAUUGUCUCGGUCUUUUUUGAAGCACGCACAAAGUUUUUCUAGAAAAAAGAAUUGUUCAAGAGUAUUCACUCUAUUUCAAAA